ACACGUAAGGUAGAGGCAUGGCAUAAAACUCCUUUCGGAAAUUCCAUUGACUGCUCGGCAAUAUAGAAAUCUUCGAACCGCUGAAACUCCGAAGCCUCCACAUUAUAACCCCGCCGUUCCACCGCGUCGGCACUUCAACGCCUCAACGCCAAUCUCCCGGGAAUGAAGGCCUCUGCUAGCAGUGAGCCGCAGAGGGGAGUCGAAGCUGGCAACCGUGCACCCAAAGUCAACAAGGCAUGUGUUCCAUGCCGCCUACGGAAGGUCAAGUGCGACGCCGCCGUCGUUGGUCUUCCGUGCAGUAGCUGCAAGGCUCAGCAGCGCGUAGACGACUGCACGCCGCUGAUACGUAAGGGUCGGAGCAGGAAAGGCGGGCAUGUUCCAGCGACUCCCAACCAGGCACACACUUCAGAGAGCCCGGCUACACGUCGACAGUCAGACCGCCGAUCAGAGAACCAACUACAGGCUCAUCCAACGCCAAAUAGCCUGGUGCACCAAAGUCCAGGUCAGAAUGAGCCAGACCUGCUCUACCUACGUAUCUUGAACGAUGCCGUCGAAGAAACUCCUACAUCCGGCCAUUCCAUGUCAAAUGCCCCUCUUGGCGAACAAAUAUCGAAGGCGAAGCUAUCCCAACUAGACGACAUUGAUAGAGAAUAUCUCGCCAAGAAGGGUGUCUUUGAUCUGCCCCCUCCACAACACUUAGACAUUUUUGUCAAGACGUACUUCGACCACGUGCAUCCGUUUUGUGCAGUAAUCAGCCGCGUCGAUUUUGUUCGCCGCUACAAAUCCGGGGAUUACUCUCUCCUUCUACUCUCCGUCAUAUUGGCAACAUCCAGUAUCCACGCGCCAGCAGAUCUGCUAUCGGCUUGUGGCUUCAACAGCCGUUCGGCCGCACAGGAGGUGUUCUUUUCUCGAGCUCGACUACUUUACGACUUUGCCGCCGAAGACGACCCGAUUUUGACGCUGCAGGCCUGUAUCGUUUUGACUCUUGUGAUACUCGACCAUCCGACGGAUCAGGACUUUGGGUACUGGUUCCACAAUGCGGUCAGUUUGGCUACUAAGCUCAAUGUCCGAGACAUUGUAUUUGAAAAGGCAAAACCCCGAAGAGAGCUGAAAGUCUACAACAGGGUCUGGUGGGCUCUCGAUUUCUUGGACAUUUUUCACGUCUCUAUCAAUCCUAGACGCUCACGGCUACUCGGGAAUGGUCUGAGCAGCGCUUUCAAAUUGGAUGACGACUGGGAAGAUGAAGAUGUCUCGGCAGACUCGUCCGGCUUGCUCUCCCCCGUCACGCCUCAGCACAAGGCCGCGCCGUUCGUCCUCACCGAGUUGGCGCGAACCUUCGAAGAAUGCUUGGCCGUUGUAAAGAAGCGGCAACAGCAAGAUCCCGGCCAGACGAUGCAUCCCCUCGACGCAUGGCGCAACUCUUUGGCCUCUAAGAUGCACAUUGAUGAACAGCCGCGAGUCAACGUGCACUAUCUCAACAUCCAAGCCAUGAGCUACCGGUUCGAAUGCAUCUUGUGUCGCUUGAUACGGCGUACUUGGCCGCUUCCGGGACAUGCGAACUGGAGAGAGUGGGCCAAAACGCGGCUUCGGUCCGCCAUUAUGGAGCUGGACACGAUUAUGAUGAGGGUGUUGGCGAGUGGCACCCUUUACAAUUUCCCCAUCCCUUUCGUGACGAUCAUCCCGGCUUUGCUCGCGUUACACAUCGAGUCCGCCCUCGACCCAACCGAAACGGAUCUUGUUCGAUCAAUGUCUCGCAUAUCCCUUAGCCAGACUAUGCUUCUAAUAAAGGAAGGAAGAGAAAUUCCAGUUCUCAAGCGCGCCCUGCCGGUAUUUGAGGAGAUUCUCGCCAGCAACAAACUAUCCACGCACCUAGAAGCACAAGACAACAACUUGACCUAUGCGUCCACAUCGCCACACAUACAGGUCAACAGCGGCUUGCCCCAGAUGGAGCAGUGGCAGAACAAUCCGUCGCUGGACGUUGAUUUUCUCGGGUUUGACUUUUUCGAUGAUUGGCAGCAGUUUGCACCUCUGGACUUUUCUACCUGAUUUCGAUCAAUGUCCGUGAAGGCUUUGCAGGGAACUGGAAUGUUCGUCUAGACGCCGGUAUUGUUCACCAUCUAUGCCCUCGAGGCACCAGAUUCAACCUGACUUCCUACCCGGCGCACCAUCACGCAUUCUACGCUGCUUCCUUGUUCGGUCCAAUCGACUCAGCACCACUCACUGCGGCACGGCGACGACGUAUCAUCUCCCAAAUCUCGGCUGCCUCAGCCGCAUACUUGCAC